AUGGCCCUCGAUGACAUCACUGUGUCGCUGUAUGAAGAGCAAAGUAUGGCCCUCGAUGACAUCACUGCAUCGCUGUAUGGAGAGCUAAGUAUGGCCGUCCAUGACAUCACUGCCUCGCUGUAUGGAGAGCUAAGUAUGGCCGUCCAUGACAUCACUGCCUCGCUGUAUGGAGAGCAAGGUAUGGCCCUCAAUGACAUCACUGCCUCGCUGUAUGGAGAGCAAAGUAUAGCCGUCCAUGACAUUACUGCGUCGCUGUAUGGAGAGCAAAGUAUGGCCCUCAAUGACAUCACUGCGUCACUGUAUGGAGAGCAAAGUAUGGCCGUCCAUGACAUCACUGCGUCACUGUAUGGAGAGCAAAGUAUGGCCCUCGAUUACAUUACUGCGUCGCUGUAUGGAGAGCAAAGUGUGGCCCUCGAUGACAUCACUGCGUCGCUAUAUGGAGAGCAAGAAACUUCACAGCAUGUGGUAAUGUCAGAAAUGUAG